CCCGGAGUUUAUGAACGCAGUCAGUCGUGGACUCUGUGAUAGUGUGUAAGUGUGUGUGUGUAAUGUUGGAUCAUCAGUGUGUGUCUCCAGUCAUCGAGGUCUGUAUUCCGUCUCUCAUGAGGGAAGUGGACGAGACAGGAAAGUUGCGCAAACUCUUCAGGGUGGAGAUUCUUUUCAAUGGAAGGAAACACUUUAUUUUACGGCGGCACAGUGAAUUUCAGACGCUUCACAGGAAGUUGAAAAAGAUUCUGCGAGCUCCUGAUUUUCCUAGUAAGAGAAACCAGCACCUGCGAACCAAACCACUGGAGCAAAGACGACAGGAACUGGAGGACUACAUACAGGUGAUUCUGUAUGAAAAUGAAGCCGUUCCUCAAGAGCUUCUGGACUUCCUACAGGUCAAACAUUUUCAUGCAGCAAGCAAGAACUGCAGCUCAGAUGAAAACCAAUCAAAUGAUUCUCAAGAGGGAUACAGAUUUCAGUUAUUUCAUCAGCGAGUGGUUGGUUUCUCGGCCGAGCCUUACCAGCUAGGGUCCAGCUCAGAUCUCCCAGAUAUCGUGGUGGCCGGUGUCAUGCAGGGUUUGUACCCUAGAGAUGUCAAAGUGAGUUUUAAAAGCAGCUGCAGUAAACCUAGCAGUCCUGUGGGCCUCACCUGUGCACCAGAGUCGCCCGUGUAUCCCAGAAUUCCUUCUAUUACCAUCGACAGGAGCAACGUCUGCUCAUUGUCAGAGUCACAGAGAAGAUGAACACAAUCACUUCAGUGUUAACAACCAACUCUGCAGGUUAAAUUGCAGACGGGGAGAAUGUGGCAAAAUGUUGCAAUGUAAAAUGUCUUAUUAGUCCUAAAAAUACACAUUUUUUCCUUUAAUUUUAGGAUGAGACAUUUGCGAUUCACACAUUUAGAUCACUGAUUUGUUAAGACAUGACAAUGUGAUGGUCUUUGAGAAAUUGUUUUAACUGUAUUUUUAUGAUGACUUGAGCAUUUUUAAAAACAGUAUUUCUAUUAAAUAAGAAUGGACCAUU